AUGAAAGGUCCCAAAAGAGAUAGUUUGGGGAAGUGUUUAAGACCUUCUAACAUGAUUUACCGAAACUACUUGGAUAACCUACCCGAAGCCAUUCAUGAGUUUAUUAUAUCCAUGGACGAUGUCGAAGGGGAUGGCAAUUGUGGUUUCCAUGUCACUGCGGAACAACUAGGGCCUUUUAAGGAUGAGAACCAUCCGGUUGCCCAAGGGGACGAAGUAAAUUAUAUUCGGCAAAGAUUGUUACAAACACUACGCCGAAACAGGGACUUCUACAAGUCAAUGAUGCGAGGUGGCGGAGACCACGGGGUCGCACACGAGUUCAUUAGUUUUGAACGGCGUUUACAUGGGGAUGCCGUGAUCACAAGAGAUCAUUGGAUGCAAAUGCCGAUAUGUGGGUUUUUAAUCGCGAAGACCUUCAAUUGUGUUGUUCAUUCUUUUGCGAGGGCCGGAAGUUGUUACACCUACGCGCCGCCAACAAAACCUUGCAAUGAGAGUGUGAAAGGUAGAAGACUUGUUAUUUCAUUUGUUCAAGGCUGCCAUUAUAUCGGUCUUAAGCUUAGACCCGGUUUCCCAAUACCUCCCUUGUUCCCUUUAGCCUUUUGGCCUGUUUUUAAAGAAAAUUACUCGAUGGAUUGGUGUGAAAAUUACGCUACGGAAAUGGAGCUUUGGAGAAGUUUGCAUCCACCUCUCCCUUGUUCCCUUUAG